CAUCGGCUCCUGAUUCAUUCAGACCAAACACAUAGGAGAGACAACAGGCGCCCCUUAGAACCAGGUAAACAACCAACUAGGUGUCCAAACUCAGGACAGCAACCAUCCCACUGAAAAGCAGAACUAGUCAUCUCACCAUGGCGGACGUUGGAGAGGUUUUGAUGUCAGUUUUGUCCACAAUUCGCGUCCCAAAGCCUGGGGACCGUGUCCACAAAGACGAAUGCGCCCUGUCAUUUUCGUCACCGGAGAGUGAAGGAGGCAUAUACGUGUGCAUGAACACUUUUCUGGGUUUUGGCAGUCAGUACGUGGGCAGACAUCAUGCUCGGACUGGUCAGAGGGCUUACCUGCACAUUACCCGGACUAGAAAGGCUAAGAAGGAGGAUGAAAACAACUCUGGCUCAGGACACCCACCUAAGAAAAAGCCCACUAGACUGGCAAUAGGGAUUGAAGGAGGUUUCGAUGUGGAGCAGGAGCUUUACGAGGAGGAUGUAAAGGUGGUCAUCUUACCUGACAGACAGGAAGUGACCUCAGAGGACCUGGGCACAAUGCCGGAUGUUGUUAGAGAGCGGGUGUCUCUGUCUAUGUCGGGUAUCAUGGCAGCAGACUCAGUGUCUCACACCUUACAAGUUCAACAGUGGGACGGAGAGGUGAGACAGGAGUCGAAGCAUGCGGCUGACCUCAAACAGCUGGACAACGGAGUCAAGAUCCCUCCCAGUGGCUGGCGGUGUGAGGUGUGCGACCUGCAGGAGAACAUCUGGAUGAACCUCACAGACGGCAAAGUGCUGUGCGGUCGCAGGUACUUCGACGGCUCCGGGGGCAACAACCACGCCCUCCUCCAUUUCCAGGAGACCGGAUACCCGCUGGCCGUCAAACUGGGCACAAUCACUCCUGAUGGUGCUGAUGUGUAUUCGUACGAUGAAGACGACAUGGUGCUGGACUCCAAGUUGCCGGAGCAUCUGGCUCACUUCGGCAUCAACAUGAUGACCAUGGAGAAGACCGAGCGGACAAUGACUGAGUUGGAAAUUGCUGUAAACCAGCGAGUGGGGGAGUGGGAGGUGAUCCAGGAGUCGGGGACGACCCUGAAGCCCCUGUUUGGACCCGGUCUGACGGGGAUGAAGAACCUGGGGAACAGCUGCUACCUCAACUCCGUCAUGCAAGUGCUCUUCACCGUGCCAGACUUCCAGAGCACAUACGUUUCAAACAUUGACAAGAUCAUUGAUGAAGCACCAAGUGACCCAACCCAGGACUUCAAAACUCAAGUAGCCAAGCUUGGUUAUGGCCUGUUGUCAGGAGAAUACUCCAAACCUGCUCCAGACCCCGGAGAUGAAAUCGGUGCAUCUGAACCCAGAGGCGACCAGGUUGGGAUAGCACCGCGGAUGUUUAAAGCACUUGUUGGGCGGGGCCACCCAGAGUUUUCUACCAAUCGACAACAGGAUGCUCAGGAGUUUUUAUUGCACUUCAUUAACAUGGUGGAGAGGAACUGUCGCUCUGGGCCCAACCCAUCUGAAGCCUUCAGGUUUCUGGUGGAGGAGAAGAUAGUUUGUCAGCAGUCACAAAAAGCCAAGUACACACAGCGGGUGGAUUACAUAGUACAACUGCCCGUUCCCAUGGACCAGGCUGCUAACACAGAGGAGCUAAAGGAGGCAGAGCGCCGCCGUGAGGAGGGGGACUCAUCAGCGCCGACGGUGCGAGCACAAAUCCCCUUCUCGGCUUGUAUGGCGGCGCUCAGCGAACCAGAGAUGCUCACAGACUUCUGGAGCUCAGCUGUGCAAGCAAAAACCUCUGCUACCAAAACAACUCGGUUUGCCUCUUUCCCUGAUCACCUGGUUAUUCAGAUUAAGAAGUUCACCUUUGGCCUUGACUGGGUGCCUAAGAAACUGGAUGUGAGCAUCGACGUUCCGGACACCCUGGACCUGAGCGGCCUGUGUGCGACUGGCCAGCAGCCGGGGGAGGAGCUUCUACCUGAGGUGGCCCCGCCCCCACUCAUGACCCCAGAUGUGGAGGUCAAAGGUAUCCUGGGUUCGCAUGGCAACGAGGACGACGACUCGCUCUACUCCCCGCUGCUGUCUCCAGUCCUCGAUGACUCCACUGUGUCCCAGUUAUGUGAAAUGGGAUUUCCACUGGAAGCCUGCAGGAAAGCGGUCUACUACACUGGGAAUACUGGAAUUGAUGCUGCCAUGAACUGGAUCAUGAGCCACAUGGACGAUCCUGACUUUUCGGCUCCGCUUGUGUUGCCAGGCAGCAGUUCUGGACCCGGAACCACUCCCACAGAGAGCCUCUCAGAGGAACAUCUGGCAACGAUCGUCUCCAUGGGCUUCAGUCGAGAUCAGGCAACCAAAGCGCUCAGAGCAACGAGUAAUGUGCUGGAGCGUGCGGUGGACUGGAUCUUCUCUCACCUAGACGACCUGGACUCCAUGGAGGUGUCCGAAGCCGGGCGCUCGGCUGCAGAGAGCGAGGGCGGGAGGGAUCCUCCACCUGGACCUCGCGUCAGAGACGGACCAGGAAAGUACGAGUUGUUUGCAUUCAUCAGUCACAUGGGGACGAGCACGAUGUGUGGACACUACGUCUGUCACAUCAAGAAGGACCAGCAAUGGGUCAUCUUUAACGAUCAGAAGGUUUGUGCUUCAGAGAAACCUCCCAAAGACCUGGGCUACCUUUACUUCUACCGCAGAGUGGCCGACUGAGGAGGACCAGCGUUUCGCUCCAGGAGAAGACGACGCCAACAAACCCACAACAGCAAGCUCUUAGAAACGCUCUGGCACGCUUCACAACUGACAAACAUGUAAAUAAAUAAGUCCCUCAGAUUGCUUAUAAACACACUUUAAUAAAUUGGUGCAAAUGUACAGAUAAGUAUUGUUGGGGUGGGAUGGGGGGGGUUGCUGUCUGUCUGUAGCCACUGAUAACAAACUGCAGGCCUGAUGGAGGAUAAACUCACCAGAGCAACUCUGAGUCAAAGCGAGAGCUAAUCCAGAUGUGUUAAAGCGCAACAUUCGGGUUUUACCCAGACAAAAUAUCCACCGCGUUCGGAAAACUCGAACAAACGCCCCAAACAUGCGUCCGACUCGGACCGCUGAGCUCAUGAUUGAUACGUUUACGCAAAUGCUAAUCUGUCCCGACUAUUGAUUUCCACUGCCAUCAGGAGUCACUGCCCGUAUUCACUGACGUGACGCUUUCAGGCCUUCGUUUCUUGUUUGACUGGAACUUUGCACCACUUUAGUUAGACUCCACCUCCUCUACCUGUUUAAGUGCUAAAAACACUCAUUCUAAGAAAAAAACGAUAAAUCAACAUGUUUUUCAUAAGCGUCCGGUGAGGGUGAUACUUGGGUGACUCGUGUUUUAUUUUGUUCUUAUUUUGAAAACAAAUGCUUUGUUACUUCUGCUGUGAAAAAUAAAGAUUUCUCUCUGUC